GGAGCCCAGGGCGCCGCAUCCUGGCGCUGGCCUCCGACGCCGCUGCGGCCACUGCCGUCGGGGAAGGUCCCAGCGCUGACAUGACCUCGCGCGGCGCUCGCCCGGGCCCAAGCUCCCGGCGUCCCGCGCAGUAGCCCCGCGAAGAGGCGGACUCGACGGUGCCGACCGCGCAGAAAAUCAGGCGGGCGGCAUGGAGGCGGCGCACCUGCUCCCGGCCGCCGACGUGCUGAACCGCUUCUCGGUGAGGGUCGAGAGCGGCCUGAGGCCGGAGCAGGUGUCUGGCGCGCGGGAGCGCUACGGCCCCAACGAGCUCCCAAAUGAGGAAGGGAAGUCCCUGUGGGAGCUGGUGCUGGAGCAGUUUGAGGACCUCCUGGUGCGCAUCCUGCUGUUGGCUGCCCUGGUCUCCUUUGUCCUGGCCUGCUUUGAGGAGGGUGAAGAGACAGCAACAGCCUUCGUGGAGCCCCUGGUCAUCAUGCUGAUCCUCGUGGCCAAUGCUGUCGUGGGCGUAUGGCAGGAACGCAAUGCUGAGAGCGCCAUUGAGGCCUUGAAGGAGUAUGAGCCUGAGAUGGGCAAGGUGAUCCGCUCAGACCGCAAAGGUGUGCAGAGGGUCCGUGCCCGGGACAUCGUCCCUGGAGACAUCGUGGAGGUGGCAGUGGGGGACAAAGUACCCGCUGACCUUCGCCUCAUCGAGAUCAAGUCCACCACACUGAGAGUGGACCAGUCCAUCCUGACAGGUGAAUCCGUGUCUGUGACCAAGCACACUGAUGCCAUCCUGGAUCCCAGAGCUGUGAACCAGGACAAGAAGAACAUGCUCUUCUCCGGCACCAAUAUCGCAUCGGGCAGGGCCCUGGGUGUGGCGGUGGCCACAGGCCUGCACACGGAGCUGGGCAAGAUCCGGAGCCAGAUGGCGGCAGUGGGGCCAGAGCGGACGCCACUGCAGCGCAAGCUGGAUGAGUUCGGGCGGCAGCUGUCCCGAGCCAUCUCUGUGAUCUGUGUGGCCGUGUGGGUCAUCAACAUCAGCCACUUUGCUGACCCGGCCCAUGGCGGCUCCUGGCUCCAUGGCGCUGUCUACUACUUCAAGAUUGCCGUGGCCCUGGCCGUGGCUGCCAUCCCUGAGGGCCUCCCGGCCGUUAUCACUACCUGCCUGGCUCUGGGCACACGGCGCAUGGCACACAAGAAUGCCAUUGUGCGGAGCCUGCCCUCCGUGGAGACCCUGGGCUGCACCUCAGUCAUCUGCUCCGACAAGACUGGCACACUCACCACCAACCAGAUGUCCGUCUGCCGGAUGUUCGUGGUAGCCGAGGCCGAAGCAGGCUCCUGCCAUCUGCACGAGUUCACCGUCUCAGGCACCACUUAUGCCCCGGAGGGCGAAGUGAGGCAGGAGGAGCAGCUUGUGCACUGUGGGCAGUUCGAUGGGUUGGUGGAGCUGGCGACGAUCUGUGCCCUCUGCAACGACUCGGCGCUGGACUACAACGAGGCUAAGGGCGUGUAUGAGAAGGUAGGAGAGGCCACGGAGACGGCUCUGACUUGCUUGGUGGAGAAGAUGAAUGUGUUUGACACCAACCUACAGGCCCUAUCCCGGGUGGAGCGAGCCAGUGCCUGCAAUGCGGUCAUCAAGCAGCUGAUGCGUAAGGAGUUUACCCUGGAGUUCUCCCGAGACCGGAAGUCCAUGUCAGUGUACUGCACACCUACUAGCCCUGGCCUGGCAGCCCAGGGCAGCAAGAUGUUUGUGAAGGGGGCUCCUGAGAGUGUGAUCGAGCGCUGCAGCUCAGUCCGAGUGGGAAGCCACACAGUACCCCUGACUGCCACGUGCAGAGAGCAGAUCCUGGCCAAGAUUCGGGAUUGGGGCUCAGGCUCAGACAUGUUGCGCUGCCUGGCGCUGGCCACUCGGGAUGCACCCCCAAGGAAGGAGGACAUGCAGCUGGACGACUGCAGCAAGUUUGUGCAGUACGAGAUGGACCUGACUUUUGUGGGCUGCGUGGGCAUGCUGGACCCUCCAAGGCCUGAGGUGGCUGCUUGCAUCGCACGCUGCCACCAGGCCGGCAUCCGUGUGGUCAUGAUCACAGGGGACAACAAAGGAACAGCUGUGGCCAUCUGCCGCCGGCUUGGCAUCUUCAGGGACACAGAGGACGUGGUGGGGAAGGCCUACACAGGUCGCGAAUUUGACGACCUCAGCCCUGAGGAGCAGCGCCAUGCCUGCCGCACAGCAUGCUGUUUCGCCCGUGUGGAACCUGCACACAAGUCCCGAAUCGUAGAGAACCUACAGUCCUUUAAUGAGAUCACCGCCAUGACCGGAGACGGGGUGAAUGAUGCCCCGGCUCUGAAGAAAGCAGAGAUUGGCAUUGCCAUGGGCUCUGGCACAGCUGUGGCCAAGUCAGCAGCCGAGAUGGUGCUGUCAGAUGACAACUUUGCCUCGAUCGUGGCCGCGGUGGAGGAGGGACGUGCCAUCUACAACAACAUGAAGCAGUUCAUCCGCUACCUCAUCUCCUCCAAUGUGGGCGAGGUGGUCUGCAUCUUCCUCACGGCAAUUCUGGGCCUCCCGGAAGCCCUGAUCCCUGUGCAGCUGCUUUGGGUGAACCUGGUGACAGAUGGGCUACCUGCCACAGCCCUGGGCUUUAACCCACCAGACCUGGACAUCAUGGAGAAGCUGCCAAGGAACCCUCAUGAGGCCCUCAUCAGCGGCUGGCUCUUUUUUCGAUAUCUGGCUAUUGGAGUGUACGUGGGCCUGGCCACGGUGGCUGCCGCCACCUGGUGGUUCCUUUAUGAUGCCGAGGGACCUCACGUCACCUUCUACCAACUGAGGAACUUCCUGAAGUGCUCCGAGGACAACCCACUCUUUGCUGACAUCGACUGCGAGGUCUUCGAGUCACGCUUUCCCACAACCAUGGCCUUGUCUGUGCUGGUGACCAUUGAAAUGUGUAAUGCCCUCAACAGUGUCUCAGAGAACCAGUCGCUGCUGCGGAUGCCGCCCUGGCUGAACCCUUGGCUGCUGGCCGCUGUGGCCAUGUCCAUGGCCCUGCACUUCCUCAUCCUACUGGUGCCGCCCCUGCCCCUUAUUUUCCAGGUGACCCCACUGAGUGGGCGCCAGUGGGUGGUGGUGCUCCAGAUAUCUCUGCCUGUCAUCCUGCUUGAUGAAGCCCUCAAGUACCUGUCCCGGAACCACAUGGAUGGCAUGCUCAGGACAGUCUCCCGGGCAUGGAGUGGGCAGCUACUGACCACCUCCGGGACCCUAGACCACACUGGAAGAGAAGGACCAGAAGUGAAUGCCGGGAACAGGGUGGAGUCUCCAGUGUGUACCUCAGACUGAUGAUGCCCAGGCCUUCACCCCGACUCUCCACACCGCCGUCACGCUCAUCGCUUGCUCACUGGGCCCUGCCAAGAGUCUCUGUCCCUGCUUCUGUACACAUGGGGGCUCUCUAAUUCAUGUCUCGGGGACUCUCCUGGGAAGUUCAGCUAUGAAGCUCUAGCCCAGGAGCUGCAGCCUGGGAGGGAUCUGCCCAGAAGCCAGGGAGCUGGCAGCACAUCCAGACAUGCAGAGCCCUCUACCCCCCAAAUCCAUGAGCACAUUCUGGAGCAGGCACCCCCCCCCCUUGCUUGGAGGCUGGGCAUUUACUUGGUGACUGGUGCCUCUACACUCAUGGAGGAACUCUUGCUUAGUGACUGGUCUGGGGCCUGGUCAGUAAGGGGGUGAAGUGGGGGAAACAUCUGGGCCCAGCUGUGCACACCAAGGGCAGGUAACCCCCUCCACUUUGUUUCCAUAAAACAGAAGAAUCAUGAGGGCUUGAGCCUCUUACUGUUUGUAUGCACAGGGGGUUGAAGGGUCAGAGAGAGGGACAUGGAAGUAGGGGAAGGGGGCUGGGCAAGGAUCCCCUUCCCAGGAGACAGCUGGCUUGCCUGCCUUGCUCUGGGCACCUCAGACUCAGAUUUCCCUGUCCUAAGCAAAUGAGAUAUACCAAGUCUCUCUCGGUGCUGCCCAGUCUGCCAAGCUCAGGCCGGAUUUGCCCUUCAUGUCCCUGGGGCCUAAGACCCCAGACAUCCUUGGGUACCUGAUCACUGUGCCCUUUCAGCCCAACCCUGUGUGCACCAUCCCACAGUCUACGCAGCUGGGUGAUUCUGAGUCCCCUAGACUCUUGGCCUCACUCUUUGCCUCCAACCCCACAUACCCAUGAGCCGAAAGGAUGUCAAUAAGAAUGGCUAGUUACCCAAGGGCACUUCCUCUCCCUCCCUCAUUGCUGGAGGAAUGUGUGUUGGAUCAUGUCUGAUGAUGGGAAAAGAGUGUUUGAUGGACAUAAAUGUUCUUUUAACUCCGCUUUUGCCCCUUUGGCAAAAAUUAGGGCUCCAGUACUGUGGCCUCUUACCUUACCUCUCCCCGGUCCCCUCCUCUCUCAAAGUCCCCAGAGAGGCCCCAUAAAAGAAGCAGAGUUGGGCAGGGCUCCCCCGGGCACCAGCCCGCAGAGAUUCUCCGCUUCUUUCCUGCCGGACGAUUGGCAGACCUGGAGGUGGGGGAGGGUGGUGAGGCCCUAUACCCAUCUGUUGACAUGCAGUUGGUAGAGAAAUAAAGGUUGAGUGCCUGGGGCAACAGAG